UUUGAGACAGGGUCUUGCUCUGUCACCCAGGCUGGAGUGCAGUGGUGCAAUCAUGGCUCACUGCAGCCUCGACCCCUCCCCUGGGCUCAAGCGAUCUUCCCACUUCAGCCUCCAGAGUAGCUGGGACCACAGGCCUGUUUUUUAGUUUUUCGUAGAGACAGAGUCUUGCAGUAUUGCCCAGGCUGGUCUUGAACUCCUGGGCUAAAGUGAUCCUCCUGCCUCAGCCUACCAAAGUGUUGGGUUCACAGGCAUGAGCCACCGUGUCUGGCCAAGUCUUAAAUUUUGAUGAAGUCCAACUUCCCUAUUUUUUUUUCUGUGCUUUUAAUUUCAUACUUAAGAAAGCAUUGCCUAAUCCAAGGUCAUGAAGAUUUUCACCUAUGUUUUCUUCUAAGAGUUUUAUAGUUUCACUUGUAUGUGUUUCUGGCAUCUCUUCCUUUUGGACUCAGGUCUAUGGUACCCCUUAGACACUCCCUGACCAUGGGCACUCCGUGGUUGAGGGCCUGCCUUUUUGGAUAUGGUAUACUCAGCACACAUCGAGCUCAUAUUUGUGGGGUAUGUGUUCCACAGGGCUCUCAUGCUAUCUUUCAAACCUAGACUUGCCCUGCCACCUCCCCACUCCAACUCUGAACCUCAACUCUGAACCCCUAAAGACCUCACCCCUCUCUUAGUCACUAAGGGGUUUGCUGAAUCCCUGGUGGGCUCCGCACUGCUAUGGGGCACAUAUCUUCAGUUCUAGGUCCUGAGAAAUGGGCUCUCACAAGCUGUAAAAAACAAGGCAAGAAAAAUAGAGACAGCUCUGGGGUAGCUACAGGAACCUCAAAGGAGAAGUUCUAGCUGGAAGCCAAAUUCGUGCUGCUCCUUGAAGGUUGAAUAAGGUUUCAGUAGGCAAAGAUUAUUUGUGGUGGAGAUAGAGCUGGGCAGCUAGGGAGCCCGUGAGCAGACAGAACUGCCCCCAGAGUGGGUCUGCGGAGAGCAGGGAAUGGGGACAGAGCUGGGGGCAGGAAAUGAGGACUUUUCACAUCUCACGGGCAAUGGGGAGCCACAGAAGGUUUUUGAGCAGGGGAGUGACUGUUAAAGGCAGCACUUUGGCAAGUUCAGUAAAGCCCCAUUAUGGUCUAUAGCUAGUAAGGCAGGUGGUAGGAGACAAGCCUCAGGAAGAAACCAUCAUUCUAGCUGGGUGUCUUGGAGUGAGUCACUGGGCAUCUCUGGGCUCCAGUUCCUGUUGGUUUGGGUGUUGGGGAGGGGGCAGGGAAGUGAGGAAGAGGGAGAAACAGCUGUUCAUCUGCCUUAGGGUGGUAUCCUUGAGGGGCUGGGAAAGGAGAACUUGGGAUAGGGCCAAGGGACACACAGGCUUUUCCGAGGCAGGCCACCAAGUGAGGGCAUUCCUGGGCACAGCCUGAGCUGGGAACGUGGCCUCCUGGCUCUCUGCUGGUGGCUGACUCAGAGGUCUUUAAGAGCCCUGCCCUCUUAUUGGGUUGGCCAGCAGAGGAGGUGGGGACACAGGCUCGGACUUCUAGCAGGUGCUGGGGCUAAAGUGCCCAGAGGUGUCCCUGGAGGCCCCUGUGUGCCCAGCCAGUGCAGUGCGCACCACCCUCUUAGGCAACGGGAGCCGCACAAGAACCUGCUAUGGGCUUCUUGCCCAAGCUUCUCCUCCUGGCCUCAUUCUUCCCAGCAGGCCAGGCCUCAUGGGGCGUCUCCAGCCCCCAGGACGUGCAGGGUGUGAAGGGGUCUUGCCUGCUUAUCCCCUGCAUCUUCAGCUUCCCUGCCAACGUGGAGGUGCCCGACGGCAUCACGACCAUCUGGUACUACGACUACUCGGGCCGGCGGCAGGUGGCGAGCCACUCGGCGGACCCCAAGCUGGUGGAGGCCCGCUUCCGCGGCCGUGCCGAGUUCAUGGGGAACCCUGAGCACAAGGUGUGCAACCUGCUGCUGAAGGACCUACAGCCCGAGGACUCUGGCUCCUAUAACUUCCGCUUCGAGAUCAGUGAGGUCAACCGCUGGUCAGAUGUGAAAGGCACCUUGGUCACAGUAACAGAGGAGCCCAGGGUGCCCACCAUUGCCUCCCCGGUGGAGCUUCUCGAGGGCACAGAGGUGGACUUCAACUGCUCCACUCCCUACGCAUGCCUGCAGGAGCAGGUCAGACUGCAGUGGCAAGGCCAGGACCCUGCUCGCUCUGUCACCUUCAAUAGCCAGAAGUUUGAGCCCACCGGCGUCAGCCACCUGGAGACCCUCCACAUGGCCAUGUCCUGGCAGGACCACGGCCGGAUCCUGCGCUGCCAGCUCUCCGUGGCCAAUCACAGGGCUCAGAGCGAGAUUCACCUCCAAGUGAAGUAUGCCCCCAAGGGUGUGAAGAUCCUCCUCAGCCCCUCGGGGAGGAACAUCCUUCCAGGUGAGCCGGUCACACUCACCUGCCAGGUGAACAGCAGCUACCCUGCAGUCAGUUCCAUUAAGUGGCUCAAGGAUGGGGUACGCCUCCAAACCAAGACUGGUGUGCUGCACCUGCCCCAGGCAGCCUGGAGCGAUGCUGGCGUCUACACCUGCCAAGCUGAGAAUGGCGUGGGCUCUUUGGUCUCACCCCCAAUCAGCCUCCACAUCUUCAUGGCUGAGGUCCAGGUGAGCCCAGCAGGUCCCAUCCUGGAGAACCAGACAGUGACGCUAGUCUGCAACACACCCAACGGGGUGCCCAGCGAUCUCCGUUACAGCUGGUACAAGAACCAUGUCCUCCUGGAGGACGCCCACUCCCAUACCCUCCGGCUGCACUCGGCCGCUAGGGCUGAUACUGGCUUCUACUUCUGUGAGGUGCAGAACGCCCAUGGCAGCGAGCGCUCGGGCCCUGUCAGCGUGGUAGUCAACCAUCCGCCUCUCACCCCAGUCCUGACAGCCUUCCUGGAGACCCAGGUGGGACUUGUGGGCAUCCUUCACUGCUCUGUGGUCAGUGAGCCCCUGGCCACACUGGUGCUGUCACAUGGGGGUCAUAUCCUGGCCUCCACCUCCGGGGACAGUGAUCACAGCCCACGCUUCAGUGGUACCUCUGGUCCCAACUCCCUGCGCCUGGAGAUCCGAGACCUGGAGGAAGCUGACAGUGGGGAGUACAAGUGCUCAGCCACCAACUCCCUUGGAAAUGCAACCUCCACCCUGGACUUCCAUGCCAAUGCCGCCCGUCUCCUCAUCAGCCCGGCAGCCGAGGUGGUGGAAGGACAGGCAGUGACACUGAGCUGCAGAAGCGGCCUAAGCCCCACGCCUGAUGCCCGCUUCUCCUGGUACCUGAAUGGAGCCCUGCUUCACGAGGGUCCCAGCAGCAGCCUCCUGCUCCCCGCAGCCUCCAGCACUGAUGCCGGCUCAUACAACUGCCGGGCCCGGGACGGCCACAGUGCCAGUGGCCCCUCUUCGCCAGCCGUUCUCACUGUGCUCUACCCCCCUCGACAACCAACAUUCACCACCAGGCUGGACCUUGAUGCUGCUGGGGCCGGGGCUGGACGGCGAGGCCUCCUUUUGUGCCGUGUGGACAGCGACCCCCCCGCCAGGCUGCAGCUGCUCCACAAGGACCGUGUUGUGGCCACUUCCCUGCCGUCAGGGGGUGGCUGCAGCACCUGUGGGGACUGUUCCCCACGCAUGAAGGUCACCAAAGCCCCCAACUUGCUGCGUGUGGAGAUUCACAACCCUUUGCUGGAGGAGGAGGGUUUGUACCUCUGUGAGGCCAGCAAUGCCCUGGGCAACGCCUCCACCUCAGCCACCUUCAAUGGUCAGGCCACUGUCCUGGUCAUUGCACCAUCACACACGCUUCAGGAGGGCACAGAAGCCAACUUGACUUGCAACGUGAGCCGGGAAGCUGCUGGCAGCCCUGCUAACUUCUCCUGGUUCCGAAAUGGGGUAAUGUGGGCCCAGGGUCCCCUGGAGACUGUGACACUGCUGCCCGUGGCCAGAACUGAUGCUGCCCUUUACGCCUGCCGCAUCCUGACCGAGGCUGACGCCCAGCUCUCCACUCCUGUGCUCCUGAGUGUACUCUAUCCCCCGGACCCUCCAAAGCUGUCAGCCUUCCUAGACAUGGGCCAGGGCCACAUGGCUCUGUUUGUCUGCACCGUGGAUAGCCGCCCCCUGGCCUUGCUGGCCCUGUUCCAUGGGGAGCACCUCCUGGCCACCAGCCUGGGUCCCCAGGUCCCAUCCCACGGUCGGUUCCAGGCUAAGGCUGAGGCCAACUCCCUGAAGUUAGAGGUCCGAGAACUGGGCCUUGGGGACUCUGGCAGCUACCGCUGUGAGGCCACAAAUGUUCUUGGAUCAUCCAACACCUCACUCUUCUUCCAGGUCCGAGGAGCCUGGGUCCAGGUGUCACCAUCACCUGAGCUCCAAGAGGGCCAGGCUGUGGUCCUGAGCUGCCAGGUACCCACAGGAGUCCCGGAGGGGACCUCAUAUCGUUGGUAUCGGGAUGGCCAGCCCCUCCAGGAGUCGACCUCGGCCACACUCCGCUUUGCAGCCAUAACUUUGACACAAGCUGGGGCCUAUCAUUGCCAAGCCCAGGCCCCAGGCUCAGCCACCACGAGCCUAGCUGCACCCGUCAGCCUCCACGUGUCCUACGCCCCACGCCACGUCACACUCACUACCCUGAUGGACACAGGCCCUGGGCGACUGGGCCUCCUCCUGUGCCGUGUGGACAGUGACCCUCCGGCCCAGCUGCGGCUGCUCCACGGGGACCGCCUUGUGGCCUCCACCCUACAAGGUGUGGGGGGACCCGAAGGCAGCUCUCCCAGGCUGCAGGUGGCUGUGGCCCCCAACACGCUGCGUCUGGAGAUCCACGGGGCAAUGCUGGAGGAUGAGGGUGUCUAUACCUGUGAGGCCUCCAACACCCUGGGCCAGGCCUCGGCCUCAGCUGACUUCGACGCUCAAGCUGUGAAUGUGCAGGUGUGGCCCGGGGCCACCGUGCGGGAGGGGCAGCAGGUGAACCUGACCUGCCUUGUGUGGACCACUCACCCGGCCCAGCUCACCUACACAUGGUACCAGGAUGGGCAGCAGCGCCUGGAUGCCCACUCCAUCCCCCUGCCCAACGUCACAGUCAGGGAUGCCACCUCCUACCGCUGCGGUGUGGGCCCCCCUGGUCAGGCACCCCGCCUCUCCAGACCUAUCACCUUGGACGUCCUCUACGCGCCCCGCAACCUGCGCCUGACCUACCUCCUGGAGAGCCGUGGUGGGAAGCUGGCCCUGGUACUGUGCACUGUGGACAGCCGCCCACCUGCCCAGCUGGCCCUCAGCCACGCCGGUCACCUCUUGGCUUCCUCGACAGCAGCCUCUGUCCCCAACACCCUGCGCCUGGAGCUGCGGGAGCCACAGCCCAGUGACGAGGGUUUCUACAGCUGCUCUGCCCGCAGCCCUCUGGGCCAGGCCAACACGUCCCUGGAGCUGCGGCUGGAGGGUGUGCAGGUGAUCCUGGCUCCAGAGGCUACCGUGCCUGAAGGUGCCCCCAUCACAGUGACCUGUGAGGACCCUGCUGCCCGCCCACCCACCUUCUAUACCUGGUACCACAAUGGUCGUUGGCUGCAGGAAGGUCCAGCUGCCUCGCUCUCAUUCCCAAUGGCCACACGGGCUCAUGCAGGCGCCUACUCUUGCCAGGCCCAGGAUGCCCAGGGCACCCGCAGCUCCCGUCCUGCUGCCCUGCAAGUCCUCUAUGCCCCUCAGGAUGCUGUCCUGUCCUCCUUCCGGGACUCCAGGGCCGGAUCUAUGGCUGUGAUACAGUGCACUGUGGACAGUGAGCCACCUGCUGAGCUGGCCCUAUCUCAUGAUGGCAAGGUGCUGGCCACCAGCAGCAGGGUCCACAGCUUGGCAUCACGGACAGGCCAUGUCCAGGUGGCCCGAAAUGCCCUACGGCUGCAGGUGCAAGAUGUGCCUGCAGGUGAUGACACCUAUGUUUGCACAGCCCAAAACUUGCUGGGCUCAAUCAGCACCAUCCGGCGGCUGCAAGUAGAAGGUGCACGCGUGGUGGCAGAGCCUGGCCUGGAUGUGCCUGAGGGCGCUGCCCUGAACCUUAGCUGCCGCCUCCUGGGUGGCCCUGGGCCCUUGGGCAACUCCACCUUUGCAUGGUUCUGGAAUGACCGGCGGCUGCACACGGAGCCUGUGCCCACUCUCGCCUUCACCCACGUGGCUCGUGCUCAAGCUGGGAUGUACCACUGCCUGGCUGAGCUCCCCGCUGGGGCUGCUGCCUCUGCUCCAGUCAUGCUCCGUGUGCUCUACCCUCCCAAGACGCCCACCAUGAUGGUCUUCGUGGAGCCUGAGGGUGGCCUCCGGGGCAUCCUAGAUUGCCGAGUGGACAGCGAGCCGCUCGCCAGCCUGACUCUCCACCUUGGCAGUCGACUGGUGGCCUCCAGUCAGCCCCAGGGUGCUCCUGCAGAGCCACACAUCCAUGUCCUGGCUUCCCCCAAUGCCCUGAGGGUGGACAUCGAGGCGCUGAGGCCCAGUGACCAAGGAGAAUACGUGUGUUCUGCCGCAAAUGCCCUGGGCUCUGCCUCUACCUCCACCUACUUUGGGGUCAGAGCCCUGCAUCGCCUGCAUCAGUUCCAGCAGCUGCUCUGGGUCCUGGGACUGCUGGUGGGCAUCCUGCUCCUGCUAUUGGGCCUGGGGGCCUGCUACACUUGGAGAAGGAGGCGUGUUUGUAAGCAGAGCAUGGGCGAGAAUUCGGUGGAGAUGGCUUUUCAGAAAGAGACCACGCAGCUGAUUCACCUGGUAGGCCAGGGCUCCAAAUCACACUUCCAGCCAUGCACACUCCCACCAAUCCUCUUGGGAUCCUACCUGAGGGCCUGCCCUGGCUCCCAGAGGCCUCCUGUGACCAGGGUUUUUUCUGUGGGAAGCUCAUUGAUCCUGAUGCAGCCACAUGUGAGACCUCAACCUGUGCCCCGCCCCUGGGCUAACCAGUGGUGUUGCCUGCCCUCCGGAGGAUAAAGUGGCCAGCAUCUGUGAUGACUCCAGCCUGUGAAUGUGAAUGAGGCACUGUUGGGUCCUGCCUGCCUCUAUGAAAACAGCUCUGUGACAUCUGACUUUUUAUGACCUGGCCCCAAGCCUCUUGGCCCCCCAAAAAUGGGUGGUGAGAGGUCUACCCAGAAGGGUGUUGACCCUGGAGGACACUGAAGAGCACUGAGCUGAUCUUUCUCUCUCUUCUCUGGAUCUCCUCCCUUCUCUCCAUUUCUCCCUCAAAGGAAGCCCUGCCCUUUCACAUCCUUCUCCUCGAAAGUCGCCCUGGACUUUGGUUGGAUUACAGCAUCCUGCAUCCUCAGAGGCUCACCAAGGCACUCUGUAUUCAGCAGAGUAUCAGUCAGCCUGCUCUAACAAGAGACCAAAUACAGUGACUUCAACAUGAUAGAAUUUUAUUUUUCUCUCCCAUGCUAGUCUGGCUGUUAUGAUGGUUUAUGACGUUGGGGCUCAGGAUCCUUCUGUCUUCCUUUUCUCUAUCCCUAAAAUGUUGCCUUUGAUUGUGAGGCUCACCAUGGCCCUGCUUUAUCCACAUGCCCUCCAGCCAGAAGAAGGAAGAGUGGAGGUAGAAGCACACCCAUGCCCAUGGUGGACGAAACCCAGAAGCUGCACAUGACUUUUCCACUCACUUCCCAUUGGCUGGAGUAUUGUCACAUGGCUACUGCAAGCUACAAGGGAGACUGGGAAAUGUAGUUUUUAUUUUGAGUCCAGAGGACAUUUGGAAUUGGACUUCCAAAGGACUCCCAACUGUGAGCUCAUCCCUGGGACUUUUGACAUUGUUGGGAAUGCCACCAGCAGGCCAUGUUUUGUCUCAGUGCCCAUCUACUGAGGGCCAGGGUGUGCCCCUGGCCAUUCUGGUCAUGGGCUUCCUGGAAGAGGUGAUCACUCUCACACUAAGACUGAGGAAAUAAAAAAGGUUUGGUGUUUUCCUAGGGAGAGAGCAUGCCAGGCAGUGGAGUUGCCUAAGCAGACAUCCUUGUGCCAGAUUUGGCCCCUGAAAGAAGAGAUGCCCUCAUUCCCACCACCACCACCCCUACCCCCAGGGACUGGGUACUACCUUACUGGCACUUACAAGAGAGGAGGGCAGACACAGAUGUCGUCAGCAUCCUUGUUCCUGCUCCAGAUGCAUCCCUGUUCAUGACUGAGUGAGCUCCUGUCCUUUUCCUGGAGGCCCUGUGUCGGGCUGUUAAAGAGAAUGAGUUACCAAGAAGGAAUGACGUGCCCCUGUGAAUCAGGGACCAAGAGGAGAGAGCUCUUGAGUGGGCUAGUGACUCCCCCUGCAGCCUGGUGGAGAUGGUGGAGGAGCUAAGAGCCCUCUGCUCUAGGAUUUGGGUUGAAAAACAGAGAGAGAAGUGGAGUUGGCACAGGAGCUAACAGGCUGGGAGGCAGUUGGGGGCCAGGUGAACUUUGUGUAGCAGAGGCCGCACCCUCACUCAUUCCAGGCCCAUUCAUUUUUCAUGCUCCAUUGCCAGACUCUUGCUGGGAGCCCGUCCAGAAUGUCCUCCCAAUAAAACUCCAUCCUAUGACGCAA